AUGAAUUUAUUUAUCAUCAUUUUCACUUUGAUUUUAUUUCAUGGAAAUUAUAUUUAUGGAUUAGAAACUGGUGAAUUAGAUGGUAUUGAUGUAUUAACAGUAUUUAAAAAUAAAGCAGGGACGUGUAAACUUCGUAAUUUUGUUCGAUCUGAAACCGAUUUUACAUUAUUAACAGAUGAUUUAAAUAAAUAUUGUUCAUCAUCAGAUUCUGUAAAACAAUAUAGAAUAUUAUGUCAUAUGAUUUCAUAUGAACUUGAAAAAGCUUGUGCACUUCCACCUGAUUUACGUCCUGCAAAACCUAAAUAUGCAACUAACGAUUCGUCUGCACAAAUAUGUAGUAUGCUAAAUUUAAAUGCCACAAAUGAAUGGAUAUGGAACAGGAUAACAAACAAUGGACAAAAACAAAUUGGUGUCGAUUCAAAAAAUUUAUGUGCUAAAAUUACAGCUGAUACUGAUACACUUCGAUUGGCAAGAUUUUUUUAUAAAAUUGCACCACGUGUUAGAAAUGCUGAUUCUUCUCAACAAGGUGAAGGUAAAUUUCAAUCAAACACAAAUAAUAAAGUUUUAACAGAAUUACCGUCAGGAGGCAUCAAAAAUACUAAAGAAGCUGCUGUUGAUGCAGUACAAACAGAUAAAGAAAAAACACAGCUAUCUGCUGACAACAAUACAAAAAAAACGGAUGAGACUGUCAAUGGGUUGAAAGAAAAGACUGUUCAAACUGGUGAAGGCACAAAAGACAAGACUGGUCAAGCUGCAGAAGAACCAAAAGACAAGGCUGGCGAAGGUACAAAAGAAAAGACUGUUCAAACUGGUGAAGGCACAAAAGACAAGACUGGCCAAGCUGCAGAGGAACAAAAAAACAAGGCUAGUGAAGGUACAAAAGACAAGGCUAAUGAAGGUACUAAAGACAAGACUGGCCAAGCUGCAGAAGAACAAAAAGACAAGGCUAAUGAAGGCACAAAAGACAAGACUGGCCAAGCUGCGGAANGUCUUUAUCGAGUGAUUAUUUAG